ACUCGACCGCUCACCUUCCUGUCUUAGAAAAAAUAACCCUGAAGUUCCCUGCGAUCAGCUGAUCUACACUGACAACAAGGGGAGAAGGAGAAGAGCUUGGGGCUGGCCCCGAUACCUCCCCAGGGAGGGGUACCUGGUCUACAUGGUGGGGCUUAGACACUGCGGGAGUUAAACCCUAAUCUUGCGGGGGAGAGGAAGGAUCUACACUCCCCCCCCGAUCCUUGCAGCUAACAGGAGGAGGAGGAGACUGUGAUCUGAUUACUUAGUCACUAAGGCUUGCAGGGAGGAAGAGGAGGAGGAAGAUUUUUCAGGGACAAGAUCCGACUUGCAUUUUAGAAACAUAUCCUUGUUUUUCUUACACGUAGCUAACUUCAUUGUGACUUUUAAGCCCAGAAUUCGUUUGGGCCUGCCAUUUAUUGUGGAAAGCUGCAGUGUUUACAUCUGUCUUGGACAAAACAAAAAAGCACUUUGCAUAUAACGAAACUGUUAUAGGCAGGAGAAAAUCAAGACUGACACAUACUUUAAAAGAAACAUUGACGGCAGAGUUUCUUUCAUGUUAAGAUAAAUACCAGUUUUAGCCCUUUGGAAAACCAAUGUACAUAUCUGUUACAAAAUUGUAAAGGUAACAGUAAAAUUUCCAAAAAUGAGUGCCCAGCCUCCAACAGCAGACAAGGGACUGAAUACUGCUCUUUUGUGCCAGGAAAGCUACGCUUGCAGCGGCACAGAUGAAGCAACCUUUGAGUGCGAUGAGUGUGGAAGCCUGCAGUGCCAGCGGUGUGAAGAAGAACUACACAGGCAAGAAAGGCUACAAAACCAUGAACGGACCCGAAUUAAAGUUGGCCAUGUCCCAUACUGUGACACCUGCAAGGUUGCCAGUGGGAAUAUCAUGCAGAGCAAUAUCACAAACUCCAGGCAGAGGGCAGCAAUAAGGUGCCAAGCAUGCAAAAUCAACCUUUGUGUAGAGUGUCAGAAGAGGAUUCAUGCAGGUGGAAACAAGAGGAAACACCCCAUUACUGUAUACCAUGGUGACAAACCUCAUGAUGACGACGAGGGAAUGGAUGAGGAGGCCAAGAGGAAGAAGAUGACAGAAAAUGUUAUAAGCUUCCUGUUGGUAGAUGAAACAGAGGAGAUCCAGGUGGUAAAUGAAGAAGAAUUUAUCAGGAAACUGGACUGCAAACCUGAUCAGCACGUAAAGGUGGUGUCUAUAUUUGGGAACACUGGGGACGGCAAAUCUCAUACCCUUAACCACACUUUCUUCUAUGGCCGUGAGGUUUUUAAAACAUCUCCAGCACAGGAGUCUUGUACGGUAGGGGUUUGGGCAGCCUAUGACCCUGUCCACAAAAUGGUGGUGAUUGACACAGAGGGUCUUCUAGGGGCCACUGUGAACCUGAGUCAGAGGACCCGGCUGCUUCUGAAGGUUUUGGCUAUUUCAGACCUCAUCAUCUACCGCACUCAUGCUGACAGACUUCACAAUGAUCUCUUCAAAUUUCUUGGAGAUGCCUCAGAGGCCUACCUAAAACACUUCACCAAAGAACUGAAGGCAACCACAGCCCGUUGCGGCCUGGAUGUUCCCUUGUCCACUUUGGGCCCUGGAGUCAUAAUCUUCCAUGAGACUGUAUACACACAGUUACUAGGUGUUGAACACACUUCUGAGGUGCCUGAGAAGCUUAUUCAGGAUCGGUUCCGGAAACUUGGCCUCUUCCCUGAAGCCUUCAGCUCGAUCCAUUACAAAGGAACAAGGACACAUAAUCCACCAACAGAUUUCUCUGGACUCAGGCAUGCUGUGGAGCAGCAGUUAGAAAAUAAUACAACUCGUUCUCCUCGGCCUCCUGGAGUUAUCUACAAAGCACUCAAAGCACUGAGUGAUCGAUUCUGUGGUGAGAUCCCGGAUGAUCAGAUGGCCCAUAGCUCCUUCUUUCCAGACGAGUAUUUCACCUGUUCCUCUGUAUGUCUCAGCUGUGGGUGUGGAUGUAAAAACAGCAUGAACCAUGCAAAAGAAGGAGUGUCCCAUGAAGCCAAGAAUCGUUGUAGAUAUACCCAUCAGUACGAUAACAGAGUGUAUACCUGUAAGGCCUGUUACGAGCGUGGGAAUGAGGUCAGAGUGGUGCCUAAAACAUCUGCUUCCACCGAUUCCCCUUGGAUGGGCCUUGCCAAGUAUGCCUGGUCAGGGUAUGUGAUUGAGUGCCCCAACUGUGGAGUGGUGUACCGUAGCCGACAGUACUGGUUUGGGAACCAAGAUCCUGUAGACACCGUGGUGAGGACAGAAAUUGUGCACGUCUGGCCAGGAACGGAUUGCAGUCUGAAGGACAACAACAAUGCUGCUCAGCGCCUUAUAGAUGGGAUGAAUUUCAUGGCACAAUCAGUGUCUGAACUGAGCCUGGGACCCACAAAAGCAGUGACCUCUUGGCUGACAGAUCAAAUCGCUCCAGCGUACUGGAAACCCAAUUCCCAGAUUCUGAAUUGCAGAAAGUGUGGCAUAUCUUUUAAAGAUAAUGACACCAAACACCAUUGUCGGGCUUGUGGAGAAGGUUUCUGUGAUGGUUGUUCAUCCAAGACCCGCCCUGUCCCCGAACGUGGCUGGGGGCCCACACCUGUGCGUGUAUGCGAUGGCUGCUAUGACACCAGGGGUGUUCAGUUAGGUAAUCCCAUCCUGACCAUAGUAGAUGUGCCUGAGGCUCCAACCGAUGAGGAAGGGGGGACGGUGAUUGCUAGGAAGGUUGGCGAAGCUGUGCAGAACACUCUAGGAGCUGUUGUGACUGCCAUUGAUAUCCCAUUGGGUCUUGUGAAGGAUGCUGCCAGACCUGCCUACUGGGUACCUGACCAUGAAAUCUUAAACUGCCACAAUUGCCGGAAGGAAUUCAAUAUCAAGCUGUCAAAGCACCACUGUCGUGCCUGUGGCCAGGGUUUCUGUGAUGAGUGCUCUCUUGAGCGCAGAGCUGUCCCUUCCCGUGGCUGGGAUCAUCCUGUCAGAGUCUGCUUUAAUUGCAAUAAAAAGCCCGGUGAUCUUUAACCCCAUCUAUCUUUCUGGGUCCCUCCAUAAUACCUUAGCUUCUCAGGGUUAGAUAAAACAAAACAAAAAUCACCCUUCUUAACCUUUCACAGUCAGAGUGCAUGCCUGGCCUUUUUUCCAAAUGUGCAGAUUUCUGUAGGAUUGCUGAAUAGCUAGUUUUAACAAGUUCUGCAGGACUUGACAAACUGAGCUUGGGGACUGGGAUGUAUGGAGAAGCUGGCAGUAGAAUGAGGAAUCCAAAAUCCUGUGUACUAUAUAUCAGUUAAAAGUAUGUAUCUAUAUAUCUAUAUUACUGAGUAUGCUAAAAAUGCAGCUGGCGGAUGAGUUACAAUUAAAAUCAAGCAAAGGUGAAUAGAACUGUUUCCUGAAAUGUAAAGGAUCAAACACACAGCUUCUUGAGUGCCUUGGAAUUCCUUUGUGUGAAGCAUUUUGCUGUUUACAGCAUCUAAGACUUACAAAAGCUGUGAUUCCAAACAAAUUAACUAUUGUUCAUGCUCACUAUUUUGGACAGUGAGGCCUAGGCUUUUUGGUUUGACCCUUUGCAACUCCAUCACCCAUAUUAAUAUUAUUCCAGCCUGCUUUUGUUCUAUUUAUAGGGCCAUAUUAUCCACAGCUAAGGAGCUUUCCCAAGGCUGAAAACAGCCAGAGAAAGAAGGAAGUUGCUCUGUGCAGGUCUUGAUAAAAUUUGCACUGCUGCAAAAAGGGUGAUCAUCUUAGAAAAGCCUGCAACAAAUGCAGUGAGAGGACAGAGGAAAAAUCAAACAACAUAGCACAAAGCUUAAAGCUAGUCUACUAACAAUUAUUUCACUUUGGGCUGAUGAGGCCUUAUUUUUCUGGUCCACAUUCCUCCAUGCUUGGUUUUCCUUGUGAAUGGCUCUUUAUUUCUCCGUCAAAAACCUUCAGGCUAAUAGCAAAGUUAAGUACCAGGCAAGAUCCCAUUCCCCUGCAAUAUAGUGUUUGCUUAGCGUCUUAGUCACUUGUCUUCUGUAAGUGGUCCCAAAUUUAGACUCUUAGAGGUGUGUAUGUGAACCACCCCUGAAGCACUCAAGUAAACUAAACUGGAAAACAGUGAUGUACUCCUGAACUUGAGAAUGGAUGACACUGGGAAAUUGCCCACACUCCUGCACUGAACCACUUUGAAGCGUUGAUCAAACCACUGAGUAAAACGAUAGCAUUACACUUUUCUGUGGAUCUCUGCUUGAUACCAAAAGACCUUCAGAUUGAAGAAUGAAUCCCUUUCUCCUUUUUUUACUCCUAUGAAGAUGGCACAUUCCCAUGGCAGAGAUUUGUCUUCACUCAUAACAGCUGGAGUUUGGCAUGAUAGCUGGGCACAAUAUCCCAGCACUGUUGUUUCUCCCACUUAUUAAAAGUAUAUAUAACCUUAAUGAUUGAAACCCUAUUUUAGAACUGUAUUAUUAAAUUAAGCGCUUAUAAAGGACUAUCCCUCCUGAACAAGUGUGUUGACUUCUUCUGUGUAUCUACCUAAUCUUGCUAUGCUGGGAAGGUAGAGAGUUUGACUUGCAUGCCAGAAUGGAACUGGAUUAUGUAGUAAUAAAUUCCUGCUGUCUAAACCCCACAGGAAUUAAUAUGUAUUUUGUAACAAGAAGUUACCUCCCAAGAGAUUGAAGGGGGGAAUAAGAGUUCUCUUGUGAUUUUUCAGCUUCGGUACAGUACUUCAAAGUGUUUUUUUAUUUUUGACUCUGUGAUGGAAAAUACAAGUGGAACUUGCUGUGUAGUCCAUGCCCUCUGUAUGUUCUCCAUGCAUGUAGCUGUUCUGCCAUGUUAUUGCACAUCCAGAAACCACCCCUGACAUUCCUUGUAUAAAAUCUUCACUUGUAA